AUUAGCGCAUUUCGUUUUCCUACACAAGAUAUCCAUUAGUGUAAAUUGAAUAUCACAAUCGCAAUACAUUUCAAUAUGUACUGAUUCAAAAAUUAACUGUGUCAAUAAAUGCUUUGAGAUACGCCACAUCAGCAUCAACAUAACUGACAUUUCACCGCCGAGGUCGUGUCUUUUAACUACUAUAUAUUUUUAACAUCGGUCAUUUAAGUUUCAACGUUGAUGUGGGUGGGUGUGCAUAAUGAAAAUAUAUAAAUUGUGGAUACGCUGUUACAAACGUAUUUAGUGCAGAAGGCGCGCGCUUCGCAAACAAAAAGAAGUUAAGCUUUUAUUAGAGUGGUUAUUUAGAGUACACAAAUGAAUUACCUCGGUCGCAGCGAUAACAAAAGCACUAACCCAAGCCAUAGCACUGCCACGCCAAUCCAUAACAGCUCUUACACAUAUCAUCAAGUCGAGAGUAACCCGCGCUCCACACAUCACACAGGUGCAUCUCAUUCACAGUCCGUGAUGUACACACGCGAUUGGCGUUCAGCGCUACGCACUCCACCUACCUAUCGCAUUGGAAAUCGUACAUUACGAUUUAACUACCACUUCGCCUUUCUCAUCAUCUGCGCACUUAUAUUAUGCUUCCUAAUUGUUUACGUGCGUACUGGUUCACAAUCAUCUUCGGACACAGCAUGGCUCAAAAGCUAUAGCGGCUCAACGUACAGUAGUUCUGUGCGAAGUGCAACAGAUAACGGAGAUGCUGCAGCAUACAACGCAAAAUAUCCACUCACGCCCCCACUGAUAGGGCAUGCCAAUGAGGUGAUAUAUCGCAUCGCUAUAAUAGCCGAUUUGGAUACCAACUCGAAAGUUGUAAAGACAGAUGGCAGCACAAUGUGGCGUAGCUACUUGAAAAAGGGCUACUUAACAUACCGUAAGACCAAACCAGAAAUAACCGUUAAGUGGGACAGCGGUGAGCCUGUAGUUUUGGAAUCCGGGUUCGCUUUAAAAGGUCGGGGCAUGGAACUGUCAGAACUCGUAACGUUCAAUGGCAAAUUGCUGAGCUUUGAUGACCGAACCGGGCUGGUAUAUGACCUCACCAAAGAGAAACCCAUGCCGUGGGUUAUUUUACUUGAUGGAAAUGGACACAAUGCCAAAGGUUUCAAAGCGGAGUGGGCUACAGUGAAAGAUGAAAAGUUGUAUGUUGGUUCGAUGGGCAAAGAGUGGACGACAAGUGCUGGCGACUUCGAAAACGAGAAUCCCAUGUAUGUGAAGGUCAUAUCACCGAAUGGAGAGGUGCGCUCUUUGAGCUGGGCAUUCAACUAUAAAUUGUUACGCCAAGAAGCAAUGCAAAUCCAUUGGCCGGGUUAUAUGAUACACGAAAGUGGCAUGUGGUCCAACCACCAAAAGAAAUGGUAUUUCCUGCCAAGACGCUGCUCGCGCAAAAAAUACAAUGAAACGCAAGACGAGCAUAUGGGUUGUAACUUGCUUAUCUCGGCAGAUGAGCGUUUUACGAAAAUAAACACAGUUCCUCUAGACGCCACGAACUGGGUGCACACGCAUGGUUUUUCGAGUUUCAAAUUCGUACCAAACACCGAUGACCAACUAAUAGUCGCACUUAAAAGUGAAGAAUUAGACGGUAAGACAUCGACAUUCAUUACAGCAUUCGACACUGAAGGACGCACGAUAUUGCCAGAGCAGCGUAUCGAAACGGAAUUAAAAUACGAAGGCAUCGAAUUUAUCUAGUAAAAGAAGCAUAGCAUUUAAUGCAUUGUAUUUUGCUAGCGUACUCAAAAUGUUCGAUAUCUAAUAAUAGAAUUACCAACAGUAAA